AUGGCGCCUAGUCUCUCAAGCAUCGAGCUCAAUGACGGAGGACCCGCCGCUACCCACAGCGAAGGAGAUAAGAUGACUAUGGCUGCGAAUACCACCAAAGUCUAUGAAAAGGAAGACGCUUCACCUCCUGAUGUUGAUGUUGAAGAGCUACGAGCUACUCAAAGAUCUCACCGAUGGGAUCCCAACCUGCCGCAAGAGAAGGCCAACGAGAUUCUAGACGACACCAAGACCGGCAACUUGGACACGAUUGACUCUCUUGUAGAGGCAUUGGAAGAGAAUUCACCCUAUAACGAAGUAAGAGCCGCAGUCCGCAAUACGGACGGAGAAGAAGUUGCCAACACAGUCCGUGCCUGGAUACUGGGUAUGCUGUUCGUUACUAUAUGCAGUGGGCUCAAUAUGCUCUUGAGCAUGCGGAGUCCAGCAAUAUCUUUCCCAUCCGUCGUAGUGCAGCUUCUGGUAUUUCCGUUGGGCUGCUUUUGGGCCAAAAUAGUCUCUACUAAGGCUUUCACUAUUUUUGGUCUGAAAUGGACCUUCAAUACUGGACCUUUCACAAUCAAAGAGCAUACUGUUAUCACACUCAUGGCGAAUGUCUCGAUCUCGUAUGCAUAUAGCACGGAUGCAUUGCUUGCUCUUAAAGGAAAACCGUACUAUAACCUCGACAUGGGAUGGGGCUUUCAACUGCUAUUCACAUUGAGCAGUCAACUCAUUGGGAUUGCUUUGGCAGGAAUGUUCCGCCGAUUUCUGGUUUACCCGUCAGCCAUGCUUUGGCCCAACCAAUUUGCCAAUUCCUCUCUAUUCUACGCUCUUCACGACCAGAGCAAAUCUGAUCCAGCAACCACCAACGGCUGGUUGAUUUCGCGAUACCGUUGGUUCGUUUAUGUCGUUGCCGGGUCAUUUGCCUACUACUGGUUUCCGGGUGUGCUCUGGCAAGGACUGUCUGUCUUCUCUUUCGUGACGUGGAUACGACCCAAUAACGUGGUUCAGAACCAGCUCUUCGGCGGGUUUACAGGUUUAUCCUUAAUCCCCCUUACUUUCGACUGGACAUAUGUUUCGGCCUAUUUGCUUGACCCUUUGCUUGCUCCGGCCCACUCCUUGGCGAACACACUAGUUGGACUGAUAGUCUUCAUAAUUAUCACCGCAAUCGGAAUAUCAUAUUCUGGAGCUCUCUACUCAGACUAUCUUCCGAUCAAUACCUCCACGACCUUCGACAAUACAGGAAGCACCUACAAUGUGUCUCGGAUUCUCGGUCCAAACUUCACAUUCGAUGCGGCCAAGUAUAAGGACUACUCGCCGCUAUUCCUAGCACCUACCUUUGCGAUCAACUACGGACUUUCAUUUGCAGCACUGACAGCCGCCAUAGUCCAUACAAUCCUCUUCCAUCGCAAAGAGAUAUGGUACAGAUUUCGAGCCGCCAAGAACCAAGAGCCAGAUAUCCACAUGAAACUGAUGUCGAAAUAUCAAGAAGCUCCGGACUGGUGGUAUGGUGCUCUCUUCGUCCUCUCCCUGGCCUUGGGUCUCGCAACCGCACUAGGAUAUUCCUCGCAGCUACCCUGGUGGGCUUUCUUCGUCGCUAAUAUCAUCGCCCUGGUCUUCAUCAUUCCGACGUGCAUGAUCUUGGCGAUCACCAAUAUUUCAUUGGCCCUGAACGUUCUGUCCCCGUUCUUGGCAGGAUACAUGAUCCCUGGGCGGCCCAUCGGCGUAAUGAUCUUUAAGGUGUUUAGCACGAUCACACUAGGACAGGCACAGACCUAUUCCGGAGACUUGAAACUGGCUCAUUACAUGAAAGUCCCGCCUCGAGUCACGUUUUGGUGCCAGGUCGUGGCCAGCAUCUGGGCCUGCUUCGUCCAGGUCGCCGUCAUGAACUGGACACUAGGAGCAAUCGACGGCGUGUGCACCCCAACGCAGUCCACCCACUUCACCUGCCCGAACGGGAAAACCUUCUUCUCUUCCUCCAUUGUCUGGGGCGUGAUCGGACCCAAGCGCAUAUUCGGUCCAGGCUCCAUCUACUCAAAGAUGCAGUGGUACUGGCUGCUCGGGGCCCUCCUCCCCGUCUUCUUUUACACCCUCAUGAGACUGUUUCCAAGGUCCCGAGCACGCUUUCUCAAUGCUCCAGUCAUGCUCGGAGCUAUGGCGUGGCUUCCUCCUGCUACCCCUCUGAGUUUUGCGUCUUGGUCUAUCAUCGGCUUGAUCUUUAAUUACUGGAUUCGGCGACGCUGGAAUGGCUGGUGGUCCACUUACAACUAUGUCACGGCUGCGGCGCUUGAUUCUGGCCUCAUUAUUUCCACGGUUGUCGUCUUCUUUGCUAUUACGCUGCCGAAUGUCAAGAUCCCGGAUUGGUGGGGAAAUACUGCGGUGUUUGAGACUAUGGACGCGACGAACGGGGCCAUGCGGAAGGUGGUUGCCGAUGGGGAGACGUUUGGGCCGGCAAAGUGGUGAUUUUUGGGAAGUGUGGUUGAGGAGUCCUCGUUCUAUUAAUGAAGCUAAAACCAAGCGCGAAUCCAGAGCGUAACCCUCCCUCUGAGAGCCUCCCAGCGUCUGGCCAAUUUGAUCUCUUUAUCAGGUAUCAUGCCCAA